UAGUAAUAAUACUUGAAAUCCAUUAUUGAGAAUCUCUAUUGAUUAUCUGAACAUUUUUAUAUCUCCAUCUAUUUUCAGAAAUAGGUACUUUUGAGUGCUGGCGUUUUCGCAGCAAAACCAGUGAUGAUAAUCUUUUAACUUGGUAGUUUUUUGUAAAUUCAUCGUUUUACGUUGCUCUCAUAACCGAAAUAUAAAUAUUUUGUUCUUGUAGAAGUGCGAUAGAUCGAAAUAAAUUUGUGGUUGGCGAUAAAAUGCAUCUUGUGUCACUGUCGGAAUAGAAACGGAUGGUGAGCGAUGGCGAGAAUACGGUGAUAGAUUUUUGGUGUUAAAAAUUGCUCUGUGUCAUUGCCAUAAGUUUUCCAAUAGUUAAGAUCAAAAAAUAAUAAUUUAUUUUUGCUUAAUAGUGUUUUGUUUAGUUAAUCUUGAACAAAAUUGACGAUUAGUGAGUGAAAUUAAAUUGUCAUCGAGUGACCGGCUGAUAUUACACGAGGCUUCUAUGUAUACUAUCUGACUUCUAGCUUUUGCUAUUUGUGACACGCCUCAUAUUAUAAAUCUGUUUUUGCGACAGGACCUAUUUUGAUUUAUAUUAGUGAUAUUUUUGUGAUAAAGACUUUCUAAAAUUACGUAACUUUUGUGGAAACAUAAAAAGUAUCAAAAAGAUGGCUUGAGUGUGAUCACUCCAUUACCGUCAUGAGUGACGAAGGAAUGUUUAUUUAGGCUCAAUUAUUUUGGUUUGACUUAACGAGGAGUGCUCGUUCGUCUUAUUGAAUUGGCUGGAACAUGCAUCUUUUAGAAUUCAGCAAAGUUUUAAAUUGAUCGUUCUCGGCUUGUCGUCACUACGGACUCUUUUAUAUUAGAAACAUGUCUUCGGCACCGUUUGUUGAUAGAAUUGACCCUUUUGCUAAACGGUCUCUUAAGAAAAAGACCAAGAAGAGUCAAGGGUCAUCCCGUUAUCGUAACUCACAAGAUGUAGAACUCUUGGCACUACCCUUACUGAAAGAUGUGCCAGCUACUGAACAAGAAGACUUGUUCAUUCGUAAGCUGCGUCAGUGUUGUGUGGCAUUUGACUUCAUGGACCCUCUUGCUGACUUAAAAGGAAAGGAGAUCAAACGUGCCACAUUGAAUGAACUUGUUGGGUAUAUUACUGUUGGACGUGACGUACUCACUGAACCGGUUUAUCCAGAAAUCAUUAAAAUGAUUUCUUCCAACUUGUUUCGCACUCUACCACCAAGUGAUAAUCCUGACUAUGACCCGGAGGAGGAUGAUCCGACUCUAGAGGCCUCUUGGCCACAUCUCCAACUAGUCUAUGAGUUCUUUUUGCGCUUUCUUGAAUCAGUUAACUUUCAGCCAACCAUUGGCAAGAAAGUCAUUGACCAGAAAUUUGUAUUGCAGCUUUUAGAUCUGUUCGACUCCGAAGACCCUCGCGAGCGCGAUUUUCUGAAGACGGUGCUGCAUCGUAUCUACGGAAAGUUCCUCGGGCUCCGAGCGUUCAUACGAAAACAGAUCAACAAUAUAUUUCUGCGAUUCGUCUACGAAACCGAGCACUUCAACGGCGUCGGCGAACUCCUGGAGAUCUUGGGAAGCAUAAUCAACGGGUUCGCGCUGCCCCUGAAGAGCGAGCACAAGCAGUUCCUGGUGAAGGUGCUCCUGCCGCUGCACAAGGUGAAGAGCCUGUCCAUGUACCACGCGCAGCUGGCCUACUGCGUGGUGCAGUUUCUCGAGAAGGACGCCACGCUCACCGAGCCCGUCGUUCGCGGCCUGCUCAAGUUCUGGCCCAAGACCUGCUCCCAGAAGGAGGUGAUGUUCCUGGGCGAGAUCGAGGAGAUCUUGGACGUCAUCGAGCCGGCUCAGUUCAUCAAGAUACAGGAGCCGCUGUUCAAGCAGAUCGCCAAGUGCGUGUCCAGCCCCCACUUCCAGGUGGCCGAGAGGGCCCUGUACUACUGGAACAACGAGUACAUCGUGACCCUGAUCGAGGAGAACAAUCAGGUGAUCAUGCCCAUCAUGUUCCCGGCGCUGUACCGCAUGAGCAAGGAGCACUGGAACCAGUCCAUCGUGACCUUCAUCUACAACGUGCUCAAGACCUUCAUGGAGAUGAACUCGAAGCUGUUCGACGAGCUCACCGCCAGCUAUAAGGCGGAGCGGCAGAAAGAGAAGAAGCGCGAGAAGGAGCGCGACGAGCUGUGGAAGCGGCUGGGCGAGCUGCAGCUCGGCGCCAAGCGCGCCAAGUGAUGCGGCCGCCGCUCCGCCUCGGGCCGCGGGAGGCCUUUUAUAUUCGACCCUAGGAUACUAGACUACUUUAGGAUUUUUAAUAUUGUUAAAUUGUUUAAUUAAGUUAAAGUUGUAUCGCGUCUGUGCCGAUUCGUUCGAUUCGUUCCGAUUGUACAAAAAUGAUAAAAAUAGCUCUCGACCUUCGCGGCGCGUAGACGCCGAACGCUGGAUUCAAAUGUCGUUUCGUCGUCCUAUCGUUUUGUAUAGAUACUUAGUGUAAAUAGGCAUAAAUAGGCAUUUAUUUAUUAUGAAUCGAUGGCGCGGCGAGUGCGGAGGUGCCCCGACCGGCACUCGAGUAGAACAAUGCUGCGGUAGAUCCGAUAUUUGUAAGGGAAUAGUCAUUAAUGUGUACGAUAUCGCUGUAGCCGUCUAUCGUCGCUCGCGUCGGCGCCUCUACGCCCGGCGAGCGACCGCGUCUGUAUGUAUGUACACUAUGGAGAUGUCUGUUAUGUAAAAUGUAUUAACAUUGCAAAAAUUAUAUGAUCUUAUAUAUAAAUUACUAUUAUAGUACACAGUAUGGAAAUAAAAAAGUUGACUCACACAAAUGGGAUUCUUUGAGCGCGUGCGCGGACCGCUUGCGCGACGAUAGGCCGCGCUUCGACUCGCCUCGCUCCGCCGACCUCUCAUUGUUUCCCUUCGCCAAAUACACGAGAAAUUUUCACCAAA